AUGCUGCUAAGAAGGCUCUACGGUGCUCGGAGGACCGUAGCCAGCGUUGUUCCCCGACUUGUAGAAUUAUGCGACGUCUGUGUCGUUGGAGGGGGCCCCGCGGGGCUAGCUACCGCAAUAAGAUUGAAACAGCUAGAUAAAGAUAACAAGUACAGGGUUGUUGUCCUCGAGAAGGCGACAGAUUUUGGAGGCCACAUUGUCAGCGGCGCUGUGGUCAACCCUGUCGCAUUGAAGGAGUUGUUUCCGGAGCGCGAUACAUCUCAGAAGUACCCAGAUGGACUAUUUACGGAGGUAACGGAGGACCAGUUUAAAUUACUGAUGGGCAAGAAACUUGCUAUCCCAGUGCCCAUGCCAUCCUCUAUGCGCAACAAGGGGAAGAACUGGGUUUGUUCAUUGAACCAGUUGACCAAAUGGUUAUCCGAGAGGGCCGAUGAACUUGGUGUCGAAUUGUACCCUGGAGUAAGUGUCUCCGAUAUGAUUUACAAAGGCAAUGAGGUGGCUGGGGUUGCCACGAAGGAUCUCGGGAUCGACAAAGCUGGGAAGCCUAAACCAGACAAUUUUGAGAGAGGGUUGCAAUUUCAGGCUAGAACAACGUUGCUGGCAGAGGGUUGUCGCGGAUCUUUGACUAAGGAGAUCUUAAAGAAAUACAAUCUGUACGGUCCCUCAAAACAGACCUAUGGGCUUGGUAUCAAAGAGGUAUGGCAGGUUACCCCUGACAAAUUCAAGAAGGGGUUCACCUCCCACACUAUGGGGUACCCUCUGUCAAAGAACGUCUACGGCGGCGGGUUUCAGUACCAUUUUGGCGAGAACCUAGUAGCCGUCGGGCUUGUUGUUGGGUUGGAUUACGCCAACCCGUACGUGUCACCUUAUCAAGAAUUCCAAAAGAUGAAGCAUCACCCGUACUAUGCUAAUGUGUUGGAAGGUGGUAAAUGCAUCUCGUACGCGGCCCGGACAUUGAACGAAGGUGGGUUGCAAGCGAUCCCGCAAUUGAACUUCCCUGGUGGUGCACUAGUCGGUGCAUCUGCCGGGUUCAUGAACGUGCCCAAGAUCAAGGGCAGCCACACUGCCAUGAAGAGCGGCAUGCUGGCUGCAGAGGAGAUCUACCGCCAGUUAUCCGGUUUGGAGUCCCUCGAGAGCGCCAUCCCAGCGGAUAUCGAAGAGCUAACGUCUGAGAAUGUUGACAAACUGGAACUGGGCGCGACCUUAAACUUGAAGGCCUACCCUGAAGCGGUUUCCAAAUCGUGGAUCCACGACGAGUUAUAUGAGGUGCGUAACAUCAGACCUGCAUUCAACAACAAGCUGUUUGGGUUGUACGGUGGGAUGUCAUACUCCGGUCUUGACGCUAUGAUUCUCAAGGGCCGCGUUCCCUGGACUUUCCAAUUCCGCGGGACAGACGCCCAGCACACACAGCCAGCGGCGAACUUCAAAGCUAUCGAGUAUCCUAAACCGGACGGGAAGUUAUCGUUUGAUAUUAUGACGUCGAUCUCCAGAACGGGUACCUACCACGACGAUACGGAACAGAACCACUUGCGUAUUGGUCCUACACAGGAUCUGCAGGCACACUCGCGUAAAUCCUGGGACAAGUACCAAGGUGUCGAGUCUCGUUACUGCCCUGCAGGUGUUUAUGAGUUUUUGAAGGACGAUGCAACGGGAGAGAUGAAGUUUGUUAUCAAUUCGCAGAAUUGCAUUCAUUGCAAGACGUGCGAUAUCAAGGACCCGACAGGGGACACUAACUGGGUGGUUCCAGAAGGAGGCGACGGGCCCAAGUACUUCUGUACUUGA